ACUGCUGCCGCCGUGAGAUUUUAAUUUGUUGUAAACUUUUCCAUAUUUACACUUUGGCAAAACAUAUGGUACACUUUUCAGAGAUCUGGCAACCCUCACCACAUUUUUGUGCAUUUGGGCUCCAAGGUUCUAACGAUGAACUAAACUAACGAAAAUAUCAAUCAAAAUUUAAAGCAACUGGCUCCAGAAACAGAUACACAAGCACCAGGACUUGUGAACAAGCUGAUCAGAUUUUGUUAUUGAGCUAUCCCGCAGCCAAAAUGGGCAAUACAGCGAUCACCCGAGUGCAAAUGGAGGCCACCAAGAGUGUGCCGGUGGACCAUGCCAAAUACAUGAGCGGGGCAGCCGGUUCUCCACCGCCAGAAUGUCCAAUGCACCAGAAACACGGAGAUGCGAAGUCCGCAUCUGCCGUCCCACCACACCCCAAGAUGCAGGCGGCAUCCGAGUGUCCAGUGCAACACGACAACAGCGACGUAAAUCCGCUGAACAUGAUGCCACCGGCCAACCAACAGCCGGCAGCGGACCAGCCCUUCCCACUGCCCACAGACCGCCAGACCUCGACCAUUCCCAAGGUCACCGAGGAUGGCAGCGUCCAGUUCUGGCAGUACCCCAGCCAACAAAUGUUCUGGAACGCCAUGCUGCGCAAGGGAUGGCGCUGGAAGACCGAGGACGUUUCGCAAAAGGACAUGGGCGACAUUAUACGCAUCCACAACGCCAACAACGAACAGGCCUGGCAGGAGGUGCUCAAGUGGGAGGCGCUGCACGCCAAGGAGUGCGGUAAUCCGCGCCUCAAGAGCUUCGGCGGCAAAGCCAAGGACUUUAGUCCGCGCGCUCGUUUCCGCAGCUGGCUUGGUUACGAGCUACCCUUUGAUAGGCACGACUGGAUCGUCGAUCGUUGCGGCAAGGAUGUGCGCUAUGUGAUUGACUAUUACGACGGUGGUUUAGUUGACAAGGACUACCGCUUCGCUCUGCUGGACGUUCGUCCUGCCAUGGACUCGGUGGACAAUGUUUGGGACCGGAUGCGAGUGGCCUACAUGCGCUGGAAAUACGAGUUAUCCGAGAAAUUUGGCAGUCGCGACGAAGGCAAAGUGACUGCCGGUAGCGACUAAGUGGAACACUUCAAUAUAUGAUUGGUAUAUCUGUACAAAAUCGGCUUAAGUUAUCGAAUGCGACUGGAGUUGUAGUUGAAUGCGUUCAAUACGUUGCAGAGGGAGUCACGAAAACGGCUCUGUCCUUAAAUACACUUUUAAUUCUGACUUCUGAACACCAA